AUGUCUGCUAUAACGUUCGCACCUACGCCAUGGACAAGAGCUCCAAUAUCGACCAUCUACUCGCAAGAAUUGAUUGACCCACUGGAUUCCACUGUACCAUCGGCAGUUCACUCACCCGACUCAUCCUAUUCUGAGACGUCCCCAGAUUUUCAAUCUCCCACUUUCCCCUUAGAUCAUUCAUUCGAGUAUGAUAACAGUCACGAGGAGAUCCAAGCGGAAGAGUACGAUGAGGUGAGAGAACAAGAAGAAGGGGAUGAGGAAGUACCCAGGUGGGGUAUGGGUCGAAGGCCGUCAUGGGCUUUAUCAGCUGGUGGAUCGGUCAUCUCCAUGUCUCCCAGGGGUAGUUUUAGCUCGAGGGCCGGGGGAAGUUUCUCUGGAAGUCUAGAUAGUCGAAGAGGAUCAUCAAUUUCUAUGUCAUUGACUAGAGCACCCAAAUUGCCUUUCGAAGCGCGUCGGAAAUCAAAUCCUAGCUUGUUAGGUUUCGACCUGGCCGAACAGAGGAGAAGAUCAAGUGCGAAAAGUCAACAUUCUUUGACUCGAAGGAGAUCUAGUGCGCUGUCAUCGGCAAUGUACAGGUCCCGUAGGAAUUCAUCCACAAUCGAUGCAAUGGAAGAAGCCCGCUUGAGAAAUAUAGCGAGUUUAGAUUUGCUACGAAGGAGGUUUUCAGAGGUGGUGGAAGUAACUCAUGGAUAUAGUGAUGAAGAGGAUGAUUUAGAUGGUGCAUGGGAUUAUCAAGCUUGGUCAUCAUGUACCGAAGAUUACGACACGGAAUACGACGACGAUUCUGAAAUUCACACUGAAUCGUAUGUCCCGUCCCCGGAUUCAAGAAACGGCGCAUUCCUUCCUUCCUUAUUCUCAAAUUACCCUCUGGAGUCGGUAGCAGUUGCUCCUACCUCUGUAGCUCCAGAUGAUAAUGGAUCGGACCUUUCGUCAGUCAGCCCAUCAUCACUACUUCAAGCCCCCAGAUUUACCCAAGACGAUAUCACCCUUCAGAGGAUCGGUACUCCCCCUCCAUCAGCUCAGCCCAACGCAAUCUUACGAGAUCGAAGUAGACCUACACUCAACCGAGCGAUCACCAAUUAUGUCGCACCGCGCACAGUGGGUGUACCGCCUGGUGCUGCCCCACCACGACCUGGUCUAGCUAGAUCGGUCUCCAAUCCUCAUGUGACCACGUCAUCAUCCUCGAAAGAAACCAUCCAUGCAUUGGAAAUUCGAGCGGCAGGAUCGUUCCCUCUAGCCCGAAUUAUACCUCUUGGUGUAUCUCCGCUGAGAGAAAGCCUGAGACGUCAAUCGGUAAUCUCUGACGGCGGCGAAUCUUCUAGACGAAGUUCUCUGGGUGAAAGACGAAGAAGCUCUUUAGUGCCUGGUAUGGACAUAGGAUCCAGGAGAAGUACGAGGAGUGGAUCAUUCAAUGGUUCCGAUAUCAACGACGCUUCCAGGAGAGCUUCAUUAGCCGAGAGAAGGAUAUCGUUAGUCAAGGAAAGUGCAUUCAGGAGAAUGUCGGGUCCAAAUGAGACGAGGAGAUCAUCGACCAGAAAAUCUUCCGAGGCUGAUAUGAGGAGAAAUUCAAGUAGACCUUCAACCAGUACAGGGACUGGCUCUAACACUGUACCAAGGGACUCUCGGAAAUCCUCAAUAGUCAGUAUAGGUGAAUAUGGUUAUCUGGGACCUCAGAUCGUCAUUGAUGAUCCCAAGGCGGCACCUCAAUCAUCAACAUCGACUAGCCCUGUACAAUCUCAAGAAAUGCCACUACCUGUAUCAGCCCUCAAGCUACGAGCCAAUGCUCCUACUUCGAUUAUCCUUCCCUCAUAUACCUUCCCUUCAGUGAAUUCACUCACUUCACCUACAUCACUUUCACCGACAUCCACUACCCCACAUUCCAACCCUUAUGAUCCAAUGAUCACACCUACUACAUCGAGAAGCUAUUUCUCCUCUGAAAGUUCUGGAUCACCCAAGACGCCUCGAGCGGUUAAUAUGAUAAUGGAUCGUGGUAGACCGAUUCCAUCGCCUGAAUACGACGCGGCAAAAGUGCUACCUUUUAAGGAUACCUCUGAACCUAGGGAGGAGAUAGUAGUCAAACUCGGUGAUCGGUCAAGUGCAAGGAAGGUGCUGUCGAUAGAAGAUAUGCACUUGGUCUUGGAUGAUGGUCCUUCAGCUUCGAAUGCCGUUCCCAAGGAGGUGAAUGUAAGUGGUAACAAACCUGGAAUGAAAAGAUACCCUACGGAUAUACAAUCUCCACUUGGAUCAGUAUCAGGAUCGGGAUCGGUGCAGAGUCAAAGACCAAACUUGUUUAGAGGACUUUCAUUCCCUAUCUCCAAUGACUCGGUGAAACAAGGUUAUACAUUCCCUUCUCACACUGACAAAGCCACUGCCACCACUACUUCCUCAGUCUCAGCAUCGUCAGGAAAGAGAGAUGGCGGUGAAGGUAAUAAAUCCUAUCAAUUCCCUCAAUCUGAUGGAAUGGCAAACAAGGGCAAAAACAAAGCACAAAUCUCGGUUCAAGUUCAAACUCAAAAUUCUUCUACUUUACCGAAAAAUAGAUCAAUAACAAUUAUAGAACCUCCUUCUCCCCGUUCGGCAAGACCUAAAUUGGGAGACAGGACUUCUUCUUUUACGAGGUUCUUUCAAUCGAAAUCUAAAAAAAGUGUAAACCAAAGUUAA